CUCCUAUCUAUAUCAUGUUCUGCAACAGGCAUUAGCUUUACCGUUUUCCUUCUUAUUUGUCGCAGCUGAAACUGAGAAUUUCGGAAAUUGGAAGGGAAAAAUGGCUUGUUUACAUGAUCAUAGCUGUGAAGAUCACGAUUGCUCCUCUAAUUGGUCUCUCUACAAGCACAUAGACCUCUCUAAGGUAUCGGCUCUGAACGAAGCGGUUCGGGGAAGUGUUAAGUCAGUUUUUAAAGCUUGGGAACAGCGCCUGGACUCUUCCGGGGAACACUUGGAAAGCAACGAGGGUGAUCCUGAAUUGCUUGUUUAUAUCCCAUUUACAUCGGAUGUUAAGAUAAAAAGCAUUUCAAUUAUUGGUGAUGCUGAUGGAACAAGCCCUUCAAAGAUGAGAGUGUUCACCAAUCGAGAUGGCAUUGAUUUCUCAGACGCUCAUAGUAUGCAAGCUGUUCAGGAGUGGGAUCUGGUUGAAAAUUUGCAAGGAGUGCUAGAGUACCAGACAAGAUAUGCCAAAUUUCAAAGUGUGUCAAGCAUCACAUUGCAUUUCCCUGAUAAUUUUGGCGGUGAUACAAGUCGCAUACACUAUAUUGGCUUUAAAGGUGAAGCCACCCAGUUGAAGAGGGAUGUUGUUGCAACAAUUGUUUAUGAACUUAGGCCCAAUCCCUCAGACCACAAGACACGCGCAGAACAGGAUAGACCUUUUCAAAUGUGGAAUGGAGAAUAAAUGCUGGGUGAUGUUUCUUAAUAAAAAGGAAUAAAUCAAACUUUGUGUACAUUUGAUAAUGUUCGAAAGCCGUUGUGGCAUGGCAUCUCUUACUCCCAUCUCUCCUUUUCCCCUUUUCUGAUAAUUGCGUGCAAUGUGCAGGAAGGAAAAGAUAUUGAUAUACUUGUGGCUCGGAUCUUUUACUUUAGUUAUUGACUAAUGACGAUAAUCGGGUUUCUGACUGAA